AUGGUCUGUGCGAUUGUAUGUCUGUCAACCAUCAUGAAGCCUACCGCAUGCCUGUUGGAGAGGCGACGCUGCCGGUCGUCCUGUCGCUCGCACUACGGCCAGCCAUUGAACUGUGCGUUCUAUGAUACCACGCUAGCAUGCCAGCAACGCAGCGACGAGUUGCUCGCCGAAUUCGACAACGUGUCCGUUUCAGGACUUUCACCAUCGCUGUCCCAGUCCGGCCAUUUCAACGAUGUGCCAUGCCCCAGCUCUAUGGUGGCCGUGACGGUGGUCGCCUACAUGCCGAACGACGUGCAUUCGAUGUUUACCAGGAUUAAGGUGUUGAUAACGGUCAGCGAGCCGAGAAUGCGUGCCGUUGUUCUUCACUGGUCUUGCGUUGAGGGCUCGGCGUCUGACACUUUCUGUCAAAACCUAAGUCGCCCUUACUGGCCACGAUUCUACUGGCCUUGCCGAAUGGUUGAAUGGAGGCUGCCGCUGGAGGGCGACAGUGAACACGGUGUGCCACUUGAUUCGCAGGCACAAACUUCGAAAAGGCACGACGCGGCCAUCAAAAUCGAGAUUGACUGUUUCACUCUGCCGGUGAUGUCCACAAUUCAGCUGACGGUCAGUUUUCAUCCGUUACAGUGUCAGUCGCGGUAUUUGAUGAAAGGUCCGAGUGCAAGACGCCUGUUCGGCGCGGUGCUUGCCAAUGACUGGAUUCCAUUCAUUGUACUGGACGCCAACGACGGUCGCGGCGCCGCUGUCAAUCUGUCUGCUCCACCCGACCGGCUGAACAUUGAUCGCAUGUUGGUCGAGAUCUGGAACGUCAACGCCGGCAUUCUGGAAGUAUCUAAGACGGUGUUCCUUCCCGAAACACAUUUGUACAUUGACGGCAUGAGGACUGGCGGCCAUUUUCUCGAUGUGCACGUCAUUCACAGUUCCUGUCCUCAGAGUGACUGCCUCACUCAGCGUCUGGCGUUCAAUUUCACCAGCGUUCUUCAGGGGGCUGCUAAGGAUGACGGCCACCGAAGGAGGUUCACUUUGCUUGAUCUUGCUUUGUUGUUACUUAUGAUAGGCGUGUUGCUGGUCGUCGUCUUUCUAGUGGUAGUGGUUCGCAGGCGGCUGAGGCCGAAGGUGCCAACCGCCGUCACUUUCGCCACACGUCCUAAGGUGUUCCUCAUCUACUCAGACGACAGUCAUCAGCACAGCGAGGUGGUGCUGCAGCUGGCUAACUUUCUGAGCUCAAACGCACAUUGCGAUGUAAUGUUCGACCGGUGGUCGACUAAAGAAGACGAACCUUUCGACCCCUACGCAUGGAUAGCGCAGUGCUUCAGUCGAGCCGACUUCUUCUUGGUUGUCAUGUCCGAAGGCUCAAAACUGUUCUUUCAGUACCCAAGGCGAUUUCGGCUGGUCUCCGUCGCACCUUGGGUGGACACAUUCGAGCCUUCAAUGACACUGCUGUUGCCGCAUCUGCUAAAGGACGACGUGACGAUUGGUUCAGCAACUGCUGCCGACCGUUUCAGUGACCGCGUUGUUUGUGUGCGUUUCAGCUACUCGACUGACGACUGCAUCCUACCGUUCUGGCGCAUGUUAUCCUGCUCCAAGUUCAGCUUGCUGUCCGAACUGCCAGCCCUAGUGUGCUACCUUCACAGAUUUAGCUCAUGUUCUGUCGACGUGACCAGCGUCACUGAAGGUGCCGACGCACUGCCAGCCGCUGUCGAUGACUGCUGCUGCGCAAUCGCCAGUGGUCAGCCGGCGAUCGACGAAGCUCGUCUACAGCCGCUGUCGCCAUCGACUCACGUGGACCGUUCGAUGGACAUCAUCCUUCACUUGCUGGUCAACGUCCGUGACGAACUUGAGCUACAGUCGACGAAUGCCAUCACCACUGAAGAUCUAUACGAUCUGUACCUCAGGCAGACGUCGAAAUGCGAACGAUACAAACUGUUGCCACCAUCGCAGCCUUUACGGCAUUCCGCGUCGUCGGGGACUAUUAUGGCCGAGACUGAGAUUGAGGUCGACACUGAGGCCGGUGCCGGCCGAUACGCGCUGCUGCCGGCCGACGUCGAUUGCUAG